AUGUCCGUUUCGUUAUUACAACCUUCUUUUUUUAUGUCAAAGACAAAAAGCUACGCGCAAAUUCUAAUUGGAUCUCGGUUGUUCUUAACAGCGAUGGCUAUUCAUUUAAGUCUUCGGGUAGCACCACCAGAUCUUCAACAAGGUGGAAAUUCUCGUAUUCCGUAUGUACAUGUUCCUGCGGCUCGGAUGAGUAUAGUAUUUUAUAUCGCAACGGCUAUAAACAGUUCCUUGUUCCCAUUAACAAAACAUCCCCUUUUUCUUCGCUCUUCCGGAACCGGUACAGAAAUUGGUGCUUUUUCUACUUUGUUUACCUUAGUGACUGGGGGGUUUCGGGGAAAGCCUAUGUGGGGUACCUUUCGGGUGUGGGAUGCUCGUUUAACUUCUGUAUUCAUCUUGUUCCUUAUUUACCUGGGUGCACUGCGUUUUCAAAAGCUUCCUGUCGAACCGGCUCCUAUUUCAAUCCGUGCUGGACCGAUCGAUAUACCAAUAAUAAAGUCUCCAGUCAACUGGUGGAAUACAUCGCAUCAACCUGGGAGCAUUAGCCGAUCUGGUACAUCAAUACAUGUUCCUAUGCCCAUUCCAAUCUUGUCUAACUUUGCUAACUUCCCCUUCUCCACCCGUAUCUUGUUCGUUCUGGAAACACGUCUUCCUAUUCCAUCUUUUCCCGAAUCUCCCUUAACGGAAGAAAUAGAAGCUCGAGAAGGAAUACCAAAAAAAACCUAG